CUAAGAUUAAGAGCUCAGAAGAAUGUUGGAAUGUUUGGGAGGAUUCACUGACGAAUGGCAAAUGACGUGCAGUCUCUGUCAAUCACUGCCUGGCUAUGCUAGUGAGACACUUUCCUAAACUUUCUUCAGUCCUGGAUGCACAAGCUUCUGUUUCCCAGUGGCUUGGAACGGAUAGCUCCUGGGUGGGAUUAAAAUUCACCACCUGCUCCCCUUCCUCGCUGUCUUUGCUAUUAGGAACUCACAGCUCUAGCAGCUCCCCCUGGUUGAGAGCUGUGAGCAGAUUUCCCACUAUGGCUCUAGACAAAGUGAAAUCUCUCUUGCCUGAGGAAAGGAUGGAUGUCUGCAUUGUGUCAGCUGUGCUUUGUGGUUCAGCCACUGCAAUCUUGUUGGUAAAAUGGGUGAAUCAGAGGCGGGUGCAGAAGAAACUUGAAGAGGCCAAGAGCAUGCGAGAGCUUGGCUUUCAACGGAUGGAGAAAGCAGCAAGACAGUUUAAACAACAGAACCCAGGAGUGAAAGCUGCUCCAAUCCUAGCUCUUCCCCUUGUGGAACUGUCUGCAAAGUUGAAAGAUGGCUCAUUGUCUCCAGAAAGUGUUCUCUACACCUACAUGGAAAAGGCCUUGGAGGUAACCCGGCAAAUCAACUGUGUGACCAACUUCCUUCCAGAGUGUGAGGAACAGCUCCGAGAGGCCAAAAAGGGGGAGAAAGGAUUGCUUUAUGGAGUCCCAGUCAGUAUUAAGGAAGAUGUGGCCUGCAAGGGGUACCCCAAUACACUUGGCUUGGUGAAAUUUCUAGACCAUCCUGAGCAGGAGGACUCUGUGAUAGUCAAAGUUUUAAAGAAACAAGGGGCAAUUCCAUUUGUAAGGACCAACCUUUCACAGGCCAUAGUGAACAUUGACUGUGGCAAUACACUCUUUGGACAAACCUUGAAUCCUUUCAACCACAAGAAAACCUCCGGAGGUUCUAGCGGAGGGGAAGCUGCACUUAUUGGAGGUGGAGGCUCCAUUCUUGGGAUUGGGACCGAUGUGGCUGCAAGUAUCCGAGUGCCAUGUGGCUUCUGUGGGAUCUGCGGAAUAAAACCCACUGGCUAUAGGUUGAGCGUCAAAGGUGCUAGCACUCCUGUAGCUGGAAUGAACUCAGUCAUCUCCGUGACAGGCCCAAUGGCAAAAGAUGUGGACAGUCUGGUUCUGUGCAUGAGGGCCCUCCUGUGUGAUGAAUUAUUUCGCCUGGAUUCAUCUGUGCCCCCAAUUCCCUUUAAUGAGGAGAUUUAUUCUAGCUCCCGGCCACUCAGGAUUGGCUACUAUGAUGGAGAUGGUUAUUUCGAGCCCUCUCCCAGCAUGAGGAGAGCUGUGCGGGACACCCGACAGUUGCUACAGGAAGCAGGACACACGCUUAUACCUUUCACUCCUCCUCGAAUUGAUUUUUUGGUGGAUGAGCUCUUCACCAAAGGCCUCUAUGCAGAUGGAUGUUCAACAUUACUGGAAAAGUUUGAUGGAGAGUUUGUGGAUGCUACUUGGACAAACCAGAUAAAUUGUUACCGGUUGCCAAAUUUGCUGAAAAGGAUCCUGGCUCUCAUUUUAAUGCCGUUGUUCCCACGAAUCUCUCGACAUCUGAAUGCCCUUAUUGGAGUAGGGUCAGUGAAAAACUUCUGGAAGAACAACGUUGACCGGAUGGCUUACCGUGAUGAAUUCAUUGCAGAAUGGAGGAAGUUGAAGCUGGAUGUUGUGCUUUGUCCAGCUUUGGGACCAGCUUUUAAUUUGGGAUAUGCUGGCAAGCUAUUUGUUGCUACCACUUACACCCAUUUAUACAACGUCUUGAAUUUUCCGGCCGGAGUUGUCCCAGUUACUACAGUGACACAGGCAGAUGAGGAAGAGCUGAAGCUUUACAAAGGGCAUUAUGGAGACCCCUGGGAUAAGAGGAUGAAGGAGGCUGUCGAAGGAGCCAUUGGGCUCCCCGUGGCUGUCCAGUGUGUGGCACUGCCGUGGCAGGAGGAAUUGUGUCUUCGGUUCAUGAAGGAGGUGGAGAAAGUCUCCCGUGAAAGGAGGGGCAGGAGGAAAAUCUGAUCCUGUCGGAAAGGAGCACUGUAUCUGCUAAAAGAUCUGCUUCGUUGACUACUUUGAUGUACCUGCUGCAUGUGUACUGAACAUUGCUUGGUCUGCUCAGUUACAUUUUCAUCAGUGUGUGCUAGAAGACAGUUUUGAAGAGAAUGUCAGAAUGUUAAUAUGUAACGUAGUGAGCAGUGAACCUUUAACAACGGUAUGCAAAUAGGAAUGCUUAAAAGAUGCACACCCCCCCAAUGUUCUAUGGGUAUAUUUUGACUAGCCUCGUGCCCCACUGUGGGUAUUUUGGUUUCUUCUACUCCAUUCGCUUUUAGACUUGGAUAGUGCAAUAA